GGGAAAUGAAAUGUAUUCGUCUCGGUGUAUGCUGGACGGGCUGGAUUGCUCUUUGCGAAGGAAUGUAGCCAUAAUUUUGCAGUAGAGAUGGAUGUCUGACAGAGAGGGGGAAAAACAAGAUGUCUGAAGUGCACGUUCUCUUUGACAACCGCGAGGAAGGGGGUCGUCGUCUUUGAGGCCUGUGCUCGCCACCCCUCGUGUGAUCGCAGUACUUUUGUGACGCGUGAUGAAGCGCUACCCUUCAUAAAGAUCAUGGCUUUCCUGAAUGCUGUAGAAUGCUGUCUUCCUGUGCCACUACUUGAUGAAUGUGUGUCCUACCAACUAGAGAUGACUCUGUAACGCCGUGAUGACCACUUCCAUCUCCAGCUCUCUGGCAAAACCAUCACACCUUUGAUCAGAUCAGGGCUUGAACGUAACAUCUGCAACGUUUCCUUCAGUUUGCUGACGCUCCGGUUGAAGCGCGGAAGGCCAGCUGUACAUAGUCGACGUUUUGCAAGGUUCCCACAGAAUGUUUUCGGCGUUGAAAAAGUUGGUGGGCUCUGAGCCGGGCCAGCAGCUCCGGGACAAGAACAUCCCUGCCGGCCUGCAGUCCAUGAACCAAAGCUUGCAGAGACGCUUUGCGAAAGGGGUCCAAUAUAAUAUGAAAAUUGUUAUCCGGGGAGACAGGAACACUGGAAAGAGUACUUUAUGGUAUCGGCUGCAGGGCAAGAAGUUUGUGGAAGAGUACAUUCCCACCCAGGAGAUCCAAGCCACAAGCAUCCAUUGGAAUUACAAAAUGGCUCCAUAUCAAGCUACAGAUGAUGUGGUCAAGGUGGAGGUGUGGGACGUGGUAGACAAAGGCCAAAAAUAUCCCGGUGAAGGUGUAGGAAAAGGCAAAAGGCGAGGCGACAAUUUGAAACUGGAGAAUGAGCCGCAGGAGUCAGACGAGGUGGCCCUUGAUGCAGAGUUUCUGGAUGUGUACAAGAACUGCAAUGGAGUCAUCAUGAUGUUUGACAUUACCAAGCAGUGGACAUUUAACUACAUCGUAAGGGAACUUCCCAAAGUACCCAAUCACAUACCAGUAUGUGUGCUGGGAAACCACAGAGACAUGGGUGAGCACCGUGUCAUCCUGCCUGAUGAUAUAAGGGACUUGAUUGCUGGACUGAACAGGCCAGUGGGAUCGUCUUACAUCCACUAUGCUGAGUCUUCUAUGAAGAAUGGCUUUGGCCUGAAAUACCUGCACAGGUUUUUCAACAUCCCCUUCUUGCAACUCCAGAGAGAAACCCUCCUGAGGCAGCUGGAGACAAACCAGUUGGACAUAGACGCUACCCUGGAAGAGCUGACAGUACAACAGGAAACAGAGGAUCAAAACUAUGAGAUUUUCCUGGAGCACUUGGAGUGCCGAAGUAAGGGCUAUGGCUCACCUGGUCCCGCCAAUGGUCAGAGUCCCUCCUCGGGCUCCCAGUCCCCCAUCGUCCCUCCCAGCGGGGCCUCCACAGGAAGCUCCAGCCCGAGCACACCUCAGCCCCCCGUUCCCUCCCAACCGCUCCCACAGUCACCUUCCGUGUCGGCUCCCUCGGCUUCGGUUCUCGCCGCAGCCAUCGGGAGAGCCGCCUCGCCGUCAGCCGAUUUCAAGUCAGCCGCUCAGUCUCCGGAACACCUUCAGUCCGCUACUGCACCAGGAUCGGCACCCCAAAAACGCGGCUUCAUGUCCCGAUGGUUUGGGUUGUCUCCUGGCCCCGAGGCGUCUGCUAGUGCAACGGAUGACCCGCCUGCUCCGGCGUGUCCCGUUGUCGUGCAAAGUGUGGACGACUUUGUGCCAGAGGAGAGACUGGACAAAAGUUUCCUGGAGGAUGGUUUACCAUCAAAGACAAAGAUAUCGCAGCCUGUCCCAGCAUUGGACAGCGACAGUGACGGUGAAGACCGAGGAAACCCCAUGGUGUCUGGUUUCCAGGAUGAGUUGGAUCCUGACGAUGCAGAUCCCAGUCUUCCGCAAGCUAAGACUUUGCCCCCCAGCAAAGACGUCACUCUGUCUAGUGAUGACGAGGAGCCAGCACCAGUAGCACCAACCUUAAAGGACCAGGACCAGGACCUCGACAGUGAACCUGAACUGAAAGCCCACAUAAGAAAACCAAAAGGAUCCAAAGCUUCAGAGCCCAGAAACCAGACGUCAGCGCCGAUCUUCCUGACUUUAACUCCAGCAGCAGAGCAACCGAGGCAACAAGGCAAAAAGAAGGGACCGCUACCCAUGGCUGAGGACUCCGAUACCGACGCCGAGGCGCCCGUGGCCCAACAGAUGCUCUCCUUUGUAAUGGAUGACCCUGACUUUGAGUCGGAAACGUUCGACACACCAAAAAUAGAAAAGAGUCCAUUCCCAGUCAGAGAUGAACUUCUCUCCGACCUCUCAGAUGAUGACAUUCAGUCAGCAAAGGUGCCAGAACCAGCAAAAGCCACUGUGAUCUCCUUCAAACUCCAGGAUGAUACUGAUCUUUUUGGCCUCGGCAUUCAAGAAGAUCCCCCGGCAGCCAAAGAGAGCAGCGACGAGCAAGAAGAUAAAGAAAGCAAGCACUCCUCCAAAGAGAAGAAGAAAAAGAAGAAGAAAAGCAAAGAGGAGGACGAAAAAAGCAAGAAACACAAACACAAGAAAAAGGACAAAGACGAAGCUGGAGAUGGCAAAGAGAAAAAGAAGAAGAAAACGAGGAGCAAGAAAACGGAUGUGGACGAGCUGGAGGACUUUCUUGGUGGAGGGUCCAAAUCCGCCACGAGAGAUGAUGGGGAUUAUGAAGAACUAUAAGUGCUGGAGAAGUGACAACAGCAGCAAGGAGUGAGGAAAUCACCACCCGGUGCAUAAAGCAGCGUCUCCAAGCCAUAAACGAUGCAAUACGGCAACCCCAUCUUUGCCCCUUCUGCCCCCCCCCCCAACUUCACUUCCACUCCAUUUGGUACCAAACAGCAAAGAGGCAGGUUGUGACCACAAGCUGAUGGUGGAUAUCGCUGCUUUCACGUGACCGGACUGGACUCUAUGAAUAGUUGAAAACAGGGUGUCCAAAGUGCAGACCCGGGGCCAUUUUUGGCCCACGGCUCCUUUUUUAUCGGGCUGUGCGUAUUGUACAGAUAAUAUCAUGUUCACAUAUUAUCAUAUACAGGUGGUCCUAUCCUGUGACAUAAGUGGAGUCACUCACACUGUACAUGGACUACAUGAAGGAUAUACUGUACUGUAUAGAACACAAUCAUAAAAAGACUGAACAUAUAUCACUCGUAAAACUUCCAGUAUGAGCCGCCUUCUUUAAGGAGACUUUGGAUGUGACAGUACAUUGGUAGUACAUUAGUAGUACACAGGCAGGUGAGUCGGGGUCGCUGUGGACGGUAAUAUACUAGCCACGCGAGAGUGGCGCUGAAAGGCAUUUCACAUCAUUUUUCAUGUGGAUGGGUCCAUUGGAUCAUCCCUAGCCUGUAGCAUUCAUUAGCAUUCAGUCAUCUUUAACGAUGGAGGGACCAAAACAGCGACCGAUAUCGGUGGCCGUCUAUCUAGGAGCUUUUUAUGAUGUUUGCUAGCACUUCCACAAGGUGGUGGCGUUUCUUUUUUUGGCACAUUGCUAAUUCCUCAGCGUGGCUGCACGGGCACACUAUACUUCCGCCCAGCACGAGACAUGAGUCUUGUGAUUACGGACUCAAAAUUGCUGUAACAUUCUGCUUACUCGACAGGGUGACAUGACUCGGGAGGUAGAGUGGUUGUUUUCCGACACAACGGUUGCUGGUUCCAUCCUCCAUCCUGCUGUAAUCACUCAAUUAUUUAUGCAUUUCAAUGUUCAGUUUCCACUGUUUUUUUAUUUUAUUUACAUAGCAUUUAACUUUUUAUGAUUUCCUUUUAGUGUGGUCUUAGUAAUCCUAGGUAAUGUUCUGAUGUAUGCUGUGUUUAAUGUUAUUUUCAAAGUAAUAUGUCACAGGCCACUUUAAAAAACUUUUUAAAAAUAAGCCCCAGGCUGCACUUUGGACACCCUUCCUUGAAACCUUUUGGGGGAUUGGCCCACAGGAGGUCCUCUUCUGCCUCUCGCUGUUGAGACAGUAUAUAAAUAUUUGCCCAUUUGUAAUCCUGCAGUUAUUUACUGUUUGUGCUUGCUGAAAUGAUGUGUUUGAACCUCACCUUACCCGGAAGCUAACCCUAACCCAUGUCAAAGAAUGUAUAAAUGAUACAUCUAAAUGUAUGACGAGCUUUAUUCUACAAUGAAAAAUACCCCAUGGGAUUUCCCUAAAAUUGUUACAGACUGAAAAGUUACAAAAAUGAAAUUACGAUGACAUUUUUUUGGAGAAAGGACAUGCACUUCAAUGUUUUUGUUUGUUUACAAAUGUGAACACAUAAAGUUGUGGAAAAAAAUCCAUUCAUUUAUUUUCCAUCUUUAUACUGUAUGAGUUUGCCUAUCAUUGGUUUGUCUAAUAAAUGCAAACUUAUUUCUUCA